GUAGAGAACUGAAGAAUUUGAUUACUGUUAGUUUGGCUUUUGUUAAAUUGAAUUUCCCUGUGUUUUCAGUCCAGUACGAAAAAUGCUUAAGAUACACCUAACGAAAACAAGCACGGCUAAUGGGUUGCAAAUUUCAUUUGACAUUCUAUGCAUUGGAGGUACCAAUUUUUAUAAAACUACUUAUAAUGAUACUCGUAUUACUGUUAAUGAUCUGGUAAACGUGGAAUUUGAGUUUUCUCAAGAUAAUGAUGCCAGUAUUAAAACUAAGUAUAUUGCGAGAAAAAUCCUUAGAUACUGUACUGUGAAAAUAAAAGUUAAUAAUUCUGCAGAGAAAAUUUGCUCAGACGAACCAACUUGGGAAGUUAUUGGUGAUACACUUCCAAAAUUAAGUUAUAGGACAACAAAUUGGGCAAAACCAGCGCCAAAUGACGUAUUUGUAUUUCAUAUUGAUGUCACUAUAAGUGCAUUCAAGGUUGAGGCCACAAUUUACAAGAAACUAUGUGAUGACACCGAGUUCACUGACUUCCAGCUGACUACCUCAGAUGGCAGUGUGGCCGUCCACAAAGCACACCUCGCUGCUCUCAGCGACGUUUUUAAAGCAAUGCUUUGUCGGCGAGAAUGGAAGGAGACAAAUGAAGGCCAUAUACAGAUGUCAGGCGUCUCACUCCAGACCCUACAGCACUUAAAAGACUACAUGUACAUGGGAACUCUGCCCGCUGAUGAACUACUACUACCGUUGCUGUCCAUCGCUUCAUGCUACAUGAUCACAGAACUUAGAAAUGAAUGCAUAUCAAAGCUGACUCAGAUUAUUAGACCAGAAAACUUGUAUGAUAUCUUGAAAUACUCCUUUGAAAAUGAAAUACCUGAACUGACAUUUUCUAUAAUGAGGGCGACCCCUGAGGGUGUUCUUGCAGAUGCUGAAAAAGCAUUAUUGGAGAAGCGUAGCAAGGAAGAAAUAAAGGAGGAAUAACUUGAUUUACUAAUUUUGGAAGGGGCCUGAGCGGGAGAAAUACUUCUUUUUGGUUCAUUAAUACAAUCAACCAUUUUUAGGGUUCCGUAGCCAAAUGGCAAAAAAACGGAACCCUUAUAGAUUCGUCAUGUCUGUCUGUCUAUCUGUCUGUCUGUCUGUCCGUCCGUAUGUCACAGCCACUUUUUUCCGAAAGUAUAAGCACUAUAUAUACUGGUGAAACUUGGUGAGUAGAUGUUUUCUGUGAACCGCAUUAAGAUUUUCAUACAAAAAUAGAAAAAAAAAACAAUAAAUUUUUAGGGUUCCCCAUACAUAGAACUAAAACCCAAAAAUUUUCUUUUCAUCAAACCCAUACGUGUGGGGUAUCUAUGGAUAGGUCUUUAAAAAUGAUAUUGAGGUUUCUAAUAUCAGUUUCUUCUAAACUGAAUAGUUUGCGCGAGAGACACUUCCAAAGUGGUAAAAUGUGUGUCCCCCCCCUGUAACUUCUAAAAUAAAAGAAUGAUAAACCUAAAAAAAAUAUAUGAUGUACAUUACCAUGCAAACUUCCACCGAAAAUUGGUUUGAACAAGAUUUGGUAAGUCGUUUUUUUUAAUACGUCA